AUGACAAGCUUUUUUUCUUGCUCUGUCUCUCUCUCUCGCCCUCUCUUGCAAUGCCGGCUGACAGGACAUUUGGGAAAGCUUCUCGGACGGCAAACUUCUUGGCGUAGUUGAUUUGACACGCAUUUGGUGGCGUUUGAUGGCCACUUUUGAAUGCUUGCCGCGUGAAUCUGCAAGGGAAAGUGGUGCUUGAGAAUUGGCUGAUUCAGCUUCACAUGCUUCACAUGCUUCACAUUCACAUGUCUGCGCCUGUCCUUCACAUGCUUCACAUGCACAUGGAAGGUUGCUUGAAGCUGAGGGAAGCCAGUGCAGGACUUGAAUCAGCGCGGGGCUUUUUGACAGUGGAGGGAUUUGGGGUUCAACCACAUCCUCAUGAAGCUCCGCUUUUCACAAGCUGGACACGCGCGAGCGGCUGGUCGGACUCUGGGAAUUGAUGAACAGCUCCAUGUUGCCAGAGCCAAGUUAGACGUCUUGCGGAGGGGCAAAGUGAAUUCGCUGGAGUGUCUGGCCGAGGCUGACCUGCCGUGGUGCCAGAGGAUAGAUUUCACGGUCAACAAGCUGAGUAUGUUGCCAUCAUUGGCAGUGCUGGGUCGCUUGAGGUUUGCCUGCUUUGCAUCCAACGAGAUCAGCUCGCUCGAGGGCUUUGAUGGCCACCCCUUGCUGCAAGAGUUGCAGCUGCAGGAGAACAAGCUCACCUCGCUCAAGGGCUUGGGCCGUCUCGAAAGUCUUCGCACUCUCAUUGUCUCCGGCAACCAGCUCACUUCUUUGCAAGGGUUGGACGCUCCAAUGCUCAAGAAGCUGGACGUCAGUAAGAACCAACUCAGCAACCUGGAGCACCUCGUGGCUGAAUGCCAGGAGCUGGACAUCGCCGAAAACCAGCUAAAUGCUGAAGAUCCGAACCUGCCAGAGCUGAGACGCCUUAGUGAUCUGAAGAAGUUGCACUCGCUGAACAUCGCUGGCAACGCUGGGGAUCUGCGCGUCGAGGUAGUAGUUGUAGCGCCGCAAGUGCAGAUAAUUGACGGCGAGCUGGUGACAGAAGAAGAUCGGGAAGCGGCCGCGGCAAAGGAGGAAGAGCUUUCAGAAGCGGUGAAGGCUAAGGCAGAGGAGGACGCCCGGCUGGCUGCAGAGGCUGAGGCUGCUGCUGCAGAAGCUGCUGCAGAGGAAAAUGCUGAAGCAGAUGCCGAGGCAUCGAGCUAGCGACCUGCCCACAUAGAUGUCACCACAUGUCCAACUGAGUAGAGAAUUUUAGAAUUAAUCAAGAUGGUGAUCUUUGCUCCGGUCUCACUUGCUGGCCGCCGGGAAGAAUCCUGUAAGGCAAAGCCUUGGCGCAGAAAGAAUCCGUGACAGCCGGAAUUCACCCGGGAGAAAGGGAGCUUGCGGUGACACAAA